GCAUUUUAACAUUUAUAUAAAUAUAAAUCAUAGCCUAAAUAUAAAUAAUUUAACAAAUUAAAUUAGAAAAAAAUAAAAAUCCCGGGCGUAGCCCGGGUUAAUCCCUAGUCUAUACUAAUAAAGUAGAACAGAAACACUCCAGAGGCUGCCACGUCAGCAGACCCCGUUCGUUUUGCUGACACGUGUCGAAGGGAGAGGGGAUUUCGUUUUUUUCUUACGCGAGAGUUUGGUUACGGGAGGAGAUUUGGUUUUGUUUGGGCUUUUGUUUUUACUUUGGGCCCAAGUGAUGUUGCUAGGGUUGACGUAUGCUCACGGCGUUGCCAUUUCCGCCUUCCUCUUUCCAUCGUUUUUGCUUUCUCACCUCUCUGUAACGUAGUCUUCAUUGAAAUCGAUCUUUAAUUCGAUCAUCAAUUUUCACCCCACCUCUCUUCCCACUCCAUCUCAUUUGCUCUUAUGGACGACCCGGUUUUGUAACAGAUCGGAGGUGGCGCUAUAAAUACGUGUGUCUUGGAGCGAUGAGGAUCUACAGCUCUGAGAUUUAUAGCUUAAGCAAUCCGACGCGCCUUCCGAUAUGUCUUCAUAUGUUCUUCUCGCUAACUUGAGAGCAGGCCGUUGCUCAAACACCGCUGAAGUUCGUCUUCUGAGGUUCUGGGAAGCUCGCAACGUCAGGAAAGAUGGAGAGCUUAUGAGCCUUGACAUGCUUCUCCUUGAUGAACAGUCUACGCUGAUACACGGGAGCAUCAACUCAAGCCGCGUUGACACUUUCCGGAGGCGGCUCAGUGAAGGCUCCGUCUACUCUCUCAGUGGUUUCGACGUGGCACGGGCUAACCCAAAAUACCGACUCUCUGACUCUCCGGUGUCCAUACGCUUCAAUGAUGGAACUUUUUUUGAGCCAAAAACUGACUCGGACAAGGACAUUCCGACUGAGUUAUUCAGGUUUCGCAGCCAUGAACAGUUUCUGGCAUUGGCAAAUACUAACAGAGAACUCCCAGAUAUCGUUGGUGGAGUAAGUUCCGUGAGGAGCACGAUCACCGACGGUCUACGCGGUCCUCAGCGUGUAAUGGUGACUCUACGUUUGGAAGGGGAUGUCAAUGUUUGUGUCAGUAUGUUUGAUGAUCGUGCUGUAACUUUCCAAACUAAGUUUGACGAGCACGUCUCUAAGCCAAGGGUUAUACUGUUUACAAGUAUCAAUCCCAAAGUUGUUGGAGGGAAGCUUUUUCUCAACGCUACGUCUGGUACGCACUUUUAUUUCGACCGUGAAACAUCAGCUGGAAAAGAGCAUUAUGAAAAGCUGGUUGGUGAUGGAGCCAAUUCGAGCUCUUCUAAAUCAAAAGUGGUCUCAGCUCAGAAAAUCGAGCCCUUGACCGUUGCUGAACUGAACCAAUAUGUCCUUGCCGCUGACCCACAGGAUAUUGAGUUCCUAUGCAAGGCCGAGGUGACCAGUCUUCAGUCGGAUAAGGGAUGGUGCUAUAUCGGAUGCUCCAAAAGCGCAAAGAAGCUUCAGCGGGAUGAAACAUCUUUCACUUGUCUCUCGUGUGAUAGGGAGAACGCUACGGGUGUGUUAAGGUAUCGGGUGGAGUUCUCGGUGGCGGACCAUACGGAUGAGGCUGUAUUUGUAGCAUUUGAUACAGAGAUUGCUAAGCUAACCAACAUCCAAGCAUCUGAGGCUGCACAUAUUUUUGGUGCGGGUGUGAAUGCUAGGGUCGACAGCGACUUCCCUCCGUUCUUGAAUGAAGUAGUUGGAAAAACUUUCACUUUCCAGCUCAAGUUGGGUCAGUUCAACUUCACCUCCAAGCACCAGAGUUUCACUGUCUCCCGUAUAAUAAGUGAACACGAGAGAGCGCCAUUGCCAGCGUUUGUUAACGAUGGGGGUGAUCAUGGACCAGCUGACAAUGGAGAUGGUGUGGCACCAAAGAUUGAUGAGAGUACCGUUGUCAGCAACAAUGCAUCGGCAUCAAAUGUCCCAUAUCACGGUUCUCAGGCUGCAAAAAACAGAAGCUUGUCAAUGAUGGGAACGUGAAGAAGAAGGCACACAAGGAGUAGAUCAACCUGGAUUGCAUCAUUUCCCACCGCUUACCUAUCAAAAAAUGCUUUAUCUUUUGUUCAUCUUUUUAAUUUAAACUCUUUAGUUUCUUUUUUCCUAAUAUUAUAGAUUUGAAUUCUAUGUCUGGUGGAUGUUUUAACGAAUGCAAUCUGAUCUUUUUCUUUCGAUAUUAUACAGUCUUCCGUUUUGGUGCUUUGAUAUUAACCUAAGAUGCUCAAAAUAUUUGUUAUCCUUUAUGCUACACAUUGUACUUUCAGUUUGCAAAAAUAAAAUAAAAACAUAACAAUUUUUAAAUUUAAAGAUCAUGUAAAUCAUUUGAAGGCGAAGUUUAAUAUUUGUGGCCAUGUUGAAUCAACCAUAAAAUAUUAAAAUCAUGUAAAUUGGGCUUUCCGUGUAAAUUAUAAACCAAAUACACUCUAAAUUCUAAACCAACUAAUUAUGUGUUAAAGUUUUCACCAUGUAUCUGUGCUGAUAAAAAAAACAAUGAAUAGGAACCUAAUUAUUAUAUGCGCUGCACACUAACUUAUAUUGUUCUAAUAUGGAGCAGAUAUUGCUUGGCACUGAAGUUAUUUAAGAUCGAACGUACAUUCAUUGGCACUAACUUUAAAAUAAAGUAUGAGCUAUUUUGUGAUUUACCUUAAAAGAAAAAAAAAAUUAGAUUAGCCUCUUUACCAUGCAGAGUAAAAAAGUUUAUAGAAAACAGUAACGGUUAACGAUAGGUCUUUCAGCUACACACCAUCAUUAUUUUACAUUUAACGUUAGAGUCAAUUAAAUACACAUUACUCAGCUGUUACGUACUUUUACUGGAUCAAUAUCUAAUAUACCUAACACAAUUACAUAUCCCAAGACUAUUCUAAAAUUACAAACUCUUAAGCAUGGUUAAGGCAACCGCUAAAGCUAGAUGCAAGAACAGCAAAGGAGGUGUCUCAGAUAAUCAGUCUCAGUCUGAAGCAUCGAGUUCAACAGCAUCAACCGUCAAGAAGAGUGGUUACAUAAGAAAAGCAAGUCUGUUAUUCACAAACUUCUGUUCUUCUGUUUGCUGGCAUUUCCUCUUAUUUUUAUUUUGUUUUUUUCUGUUUGUGGAAGAUUACUCUGUUUUGUCUAUAAAGAUUUAGAUUUCCAUGCUAAAAAAGUUAAUGGAUACUUAAAAAAGUUAUAACAUUUCUUAUCGUGAAAAAGUAAAAAACUUUAUUAUUGGAUUGUUGUUGCUUGCUUUCACUGAAGAACGCAGGAACGUGGAAAAACAAAAUCAGUACGCAACAAUCUUGAUGACUAUUUGAAACCAAGUUUUCAGGGUUAUUAAAAUGACUUACGACUUAUCUACAUUUAGGCCUCGGCCUAUCUAAUAUUCAUUCAAACAUUACCUAACUUUCAAAAAUGAAGUAAAUUCAGCACAAACAACUAACUCCAAAACAUGGCUACAUAAAAAACAUAAGAAUUACAGCAAAAAUGCAACCGCCCCGGGCGGGCAUGCCACUAGUAAAAAAUAAAGUAGGAUUGGAGAUGUCUUCAGUGGUUACCAACACAUCAACCUAAAUUUGCAUUGGCUGAAGCACUACAACCAAUAGCAAAACAGUGGAAUGAAGAUAAUCUGCUACCUACUAUUAACAGAAGACGAUUGUAAUGCAGCUAGACGCAUAUACAUGCCUACAAAGUGAGGGAAAAUUUUUAACCACAUCCUUUUCAAUUGCUCGUAUGUACUUGACACUUGGAAUCUAUCAACUAUAUCAACAAUGUGUCUACAACUAAUAUCUAAAGUCUAGAGAACAACAUAACAUCCAUGUUAUCACUACUUAUAUUGCCUACAACCAGGUCCGGUUAUGGGAGGAAGCUAGGGGGGAAACAUGAGCUUUCCGGCUCUCAAUAGUCAAUAUCAUCAAAUAUUUUCAAUUCUCAA